GCUAGAAUUUUGACCACCUAAACCGUUUGAACACUUUAAUACACUUACAAGAUUUACGAGCACGACUUACAACCACUGACCACUUACAAAAACUCAAGUCACUUAUCCUCACCAAUAUUUGGAUUGUGAACCUGCUUGAAAAUGCCUGGAUCGCGAUAAACAACAACUGGAUCAUCAUCAGAAGAAUCCCAAGCGUGCGUCAUUCCUAAGGCGUGACGUUGCCUGACUUCCGGUUCAAGCCUGGACGGAUCCAUGACACAGUUGUUUGGACGAAAGAACCGAGCGAGUCUUCGUAAGCCUCCAAGCCGACCUCUAGUGACUUCCAAGCGGGCUUGAGAGCACCGCGAGCCGCCGCCAUGGAGGCGGUCCCCCGCAUGCCGAUGAUAUGGCUCGACCUCAAGGAGGCGGGAGACUUCCACUUCAGCCCGGCCGUCAGGCAGUUCAUCCUGAAGAACUACGGUGAGAAUCCCGACAACUACAACGAGCAGCUGAAGAAGCUCGAGACGUUGCGGCAGAGUGCCGUGAACGUCACCAGAGACUUUGAGGGAUGCAGCACGUUGAGGAAGUACUUUGGUCAGCUUCAUUACCUUCAGAGCCGCGUUCCUAUGGCAACCGGGCAGGAGGCAGCUGUUUCCAUAUCUUGGACUGAGAUCUUCUCUGGUAAGACGGUGGUCCAUGACGACAUCAGCUACGAGCAGGCGUGUAUUCUCUACAAUCUUGGGGCUCUGCACUCCAUGUUAGGAGCUAUGGACAACCGAGUGUCAGAAGAGGGCAUGAAGGUGUCGUGCACACAUUUUCAGUGUUCAGCCGGAGCGUUCUACUACCUGAGGGACCAUUUCAGUCACAAUUUCAGUGUAGACAUGAGCCACCAGAUCCUCAACCUCAAUAUAAACCUCAUGCUGGGUCAAGCUCAAGAGUGUCUUCUGGAGAAAUCCAUGCUGGACAACAGGAAGAGCUACCUGGUGGCUCGCAUUAGCGCUCAGGUGGUGGAUUACUACAAGGAGGCCUGCAGAGCCCUGGAGAACUCCGAGACUGCUUCCAUGCUGGGAAAGAUCCAGAAGGAUUGGAAAAAGCUAGUCCAGAUGAAGAUCUACUACUUUGCUGCCAUUGCACAUCUUCAUAUGGGCAAACAAGCCGAGGAGCAGCAGAAGUACGGCGAGCGACUGGCGUACCUUCAAAGCUCCUUGGACAAGUUGUCUGAAGCCAUCAAGCUGGCCAAGGGUCAACCUGACAGUGUGCAGGAUGCUUUAAGAUUCACCAUGGAUGUCAUUGGUGGCAAAUUCAACUCUGCCAAAAAAGACAACGACUUCAUCUAUCAUGAGUCCGUUCCUUCUCUGGAAACGUUGGCGUCUGUCAAAGGAGCUCCAUUGGUCAAAGCCCUGCCCGUCAACCCGACAGAUCCCAGUGUCACAGGACCCGAUCUAUUUGCCAAGCUGGUACCAAUGGCGGCCCACGAAGCAUCCUCUCUCUACAGUGAGGAGAAAGCCAAGCUCCUGAGAGACGUCAUGGGCAAGAUCGAAAGCAAAAACGACACGCUAGAGCAGUUCAUGGACUCUUUGGGUUUGGAGCCCGAGUCUGUAGAUAACUUGGAUAUGUACAGCCACAUUCCGCCGGUCCUGAUGGAAAAGUGCGCCGCUCUCAGCGUGCGACCCGACACCGUCAAGAGCCUCAUUCAGUCUAUGCAAGUCCUUUCGGGUGUAUUCACCGACGUGGAGUCGUCCCUGCGAGAAAUCCAAGAAAUUCUAGAAGCUGACGAGGCGGGAGAGAAGGCCCUCCAAGAAGCCGGCACCCCGACUGAUGCGCACCCGCCGACGCAGGCUCAGGUCCUGGCUGAGAUCCGCAGGGACUUGGAGAAGUACAUGGAAGCCCACGAGAAGGCCAGCUUUACCAACACGGAGCUCCACCGGGCUAUGAACCUGCACAUCAGCAACUUGCGUCUACUGGGCGGACCCCUGGAUAGCCUUAGAGAAGCUCUGCCUCGUCCUCAACUCUGCGAAGAAGAAGUGGCUGGGCUGCAGUGCAUGAAGCGCAUCCUGGGGAAGGUUCAGGAAAUGAGGGACCAGAGAAGCGUUUUGGAGAAACAACUGCGGGACCUCAUUCAGCAGGAUGACAUCACUUCCACCCUGGUCACCACAGAGAGAGCUGACAUCAAGCAUGUGUUUGAGGAGCAGCUGAAGAAGUACGAGCAGGUGAAGGUCUAUAUCGACCAGAACCUUGCAGCACAGGAGAAUAUCCUCAAGGCUUUGACGGAGGCCAACGUUCAGUACGCGUUGGUCCGCAAGAGUCUGAGUCAGACAGAGCAGCAGUGGACCGCCACUGUGCAUGGCCUGGUGGGUUCCUACGAAGCCUACGAAGACCUCAUGAAGAAGUCGCAGGAGGGCAAGGAGUUCUACGACGACCUGGAAGGCAAAGCGUCCCGUCUGCUGGAGAGAGUGAAGGCUUUGUGUCAGACCAGAAUGGAAGAGAGAAAGCCCAUCCUUGAAAGAGAGAGCCUAAAGAAGCCUCCAGCUAGACCCACAGCAGCGAAACCUUCCUUGAAGCCAAAGUUUCAGGAUGAAGACUCCAGUCUUGAAGAUCCAGAGUUAGCCCAAAUUAAUGCCGCUAUCUUAGCCUUAGCAGAAGACCAGCCAGAAGAACUUCGUAGCCUCCCAACCGACAUUCCUUCUCUUCCCACAUCUUCGGGUCAUCUGCCAGGUCCAGAAGCAUUCCUCCCCCCUGGCGCCAACCUGGGCGGCAGCAGCUCAAUGCCUUGGCCCAUUUCUUCAGCUGCCAAUCUUCCUCGCUUCCCGGCCAAUCUCCCACCGCCGGAGCUUCUGGCUCGGAUCGCUCAGUUUCCGACAUCUGGCACCCUGCCGGCACCCGGGCCUUCUGCAUGCAGGCCCAUUCCUCACAUGCCUCCACAGAUGCCUUCACAACUGCCCGCGCAGGCGGCGUACAGGCCUCCAGUCCCUUCGGCAGUUUGUCCUGCUGUAGUCCGGCCUUCAACCACCACCGUGGACAGCAUUCAAGCCCCCAUACCGAGCUACGCUCCAACACCUCGGCACCCCGUCCCACCGUCUGUUUCGACUGCCUACACCGGACCCCCGCAGAUGGGCGCCUACCCCCAGUUUUUGCCGCAAAUGACACAGCAGAAGCAGGUGCAGAAUCAGUACCCUCUUCCCGUGGGGCAGACUCUGCCCCCGGGCUACCAAGCUGGACCGAGACCCCUUCCGGCCCCUCACCCUCCGCUGCAAGGCUACCCGCACGGAUACAUGCCUCAGCAGCCUGGCGCCCCCCCACAGUACCCGCAAGUUUUCCCUGGUCAUAUGCAACCACAACCAAAUGGUUACCAGGCCCCACCUCAGAUACCGCAAGGCUACCAGGCCCCUCAGAACUAUGCCCCCCAGCAGCAACCUCAGGUGAUGCAAGGCCCCAUGCCAAGUCCACCUCGGGGCCUGAUGCAGCCACAAAGCGCUCCUCUCCAACACCCCCCGACAUCUCAGACAGUAGCCCCGCUUUCACAACCCUACCCCCAUCACCAACACCCUCAAAUGCCCCCCGGUUCCCAACAAUUUGUGCCCCAUCCACAAAUGUCGAGUGGCCCCGGAGGCCAGAUGCCUCCCACUGGCCAGACAAUCCACCCCCAACUUCGCCCCCAGAUGCCUCCUGCAUCACAACCACAUUUGCUUCCCGGUCCUCAGGUGCAUCUUCCUAGGGGUCCGAUUACCCAUAUCCCGCCUACCUCCCUUGCCCCACAGCACCACCCUGGCCCCGGCCCUUCUCCCAUCCCAAACAUGGCUCAGCCCCCUAUGUGUAUGCCCCAGCCUCCUAUGUCCAUGCCAAGUCACACCCAAGUCCAACCCCACCACACUGGGGGUAUUUGCUACCCCGGAGGGCCCCCCAUGAUGCCUCAGCAACCUCUGGCACCGCAGUCUGUCGCCCCGUUACAGCCUCAAGUCUCUCUUAGCGCCGUCCACUCGCAACCUUCUAUGUACCUAGGAGCUCCAGGGCCUCACGUUGCCCCAAAUGCCCAACUGAGACCCCCUGCCAUAGGCACUCCUAGUGUACAUCCCCACAUCCCCCCUCAGCAUAUGCUUCAACCUUGUCCUGGAGGUCCUCCAGUAGGACAGCCGACCCAUCCUCCCUCAACUUCUCCCGCUCCGUCUACAUCCCCCACACCUGGCCCAUCAUCUCUUGUCCCGACCCCACAGCAGAGACCCGCCGUCACCCCCAACAUGGGUGCCACGGUUCCACCUUCCUCCACUUCUCUGUUCCAGCUUCAGAACUCUAGUAACCAUGACUUACUCUCCUCCAGUCCUGACAACCAACCGGGGGGCACCAAGUCUCCUACCAAUGUCCUCCAGCCUACCAAAGCAGACCCACAGGACGGAGAGCGUCGCAAGAAGGACUCCCAGGGAGUUCUCCUCAUCCAAGGAGAUCCGUACCAAUCCCCGGAGCUCCUAGCCCGCCUCCAAACUGAACUGGAACGUUUUCGAGCACAGGUGGACUCCUUGGAGGAGCUUUCUGAGGGUGAGAAAGGUUUGUCGGUGUUGGACGCGCACUGGAAGGAGCUCCAGGAACAGCAGGAGAAAGAUGCCCGCCAGCUGUCCAUCGCCAUCGCUCGUUGCUACACCAUGAAAAACCGGCACCAGGACAUCAUGCCUUACGAUCUCAACCGCGUGGUCCUGCAGUCGGGCAAAGACGACUACAUCAACGCGAGCUACGUGAAAGACUUGUCGCUGUACUGCCCGCAAAUCAUUGCCACGCAGGCGCCGCUCACCGGCACCGCAGCAGACUUUUGGUUGAUGGUCUACGAGCAGAAGGUCUCCUUAGUGGUCAUGCUUGUGUCAGAGCAGGAGGUUGAAAAGGGAAAAGUGGCGCGCUACUUCCCGACGGAACGCGGUCAGCAGCUGUCUCAGGGUCCCAUCACCCUCAGCCUGAGCACGCACAAGACCACACCCACCCACGUGGAGCGCAUGAUCAGUCUGCAGUAUCGUGAUCAGAGCUUGAAACGCACCGUGGUCCACCUGCAGUUCACUUCUUGGCCGGAGCUGGGGCUUCCGGAAAGCAAGAGCAACCUGCUGCAUUUCAUUCAGGAGGUUCACGGACAUUACCUGCACCAAAGACCCUUACACACUCCUGUGGUGGUCCACUGCAGCUCCGGUGUAGGUCGCACCGGCGCCUUCUGUCUGCUGUACGCGGCGGUGCAGGAGCUGGAGGCCGGGAAUGGCAUCGUAGACCUGCAAGCCCUUGUCAAGAAGAUGAGACAGCAAAGAAAGAACAUGCUGCAGGAGAAGCUGCACCUCAAGUUCUGUUACGAGGCGGUGUUGAAGCAAGGCGAGCAGGUCCUCCUGCGACACGGCGUCUCCCUGGCGCCUGGUAGCAGGAAUGUCGCCGCCUCCACCUCCAAGUACCUCCGCCAGGAGUCUCAGCAAGACCUGGUUCUAGGUGCCGACAUCCCCAUCAGCUCCAUCCAGGCGACCAUAGCCAAGCUCAGCGUACGUCCCCCUAGCGAUCUAGCCCCCGAGGACCCGGACCUCGACCAUCAAGAUGAACCCGCCCACCAUUUUUCACCUCCUCCCGUUCUUUCGCCGGUUGAGCCCCACCCUCCUCCGGAACCACCUACGUCGCCCCCCGCUUUGUCCCCUACGCCACCCAACGGGCUGGACGCGACGGCACCAACGGAAACAUCAGCCAGCCCGCCGCCGCCUUCGUCUCUGGAGCUGCUGGCUUCCCUUGCCCCCGAGGCCUUCUCCAUGGAGGGCGGCGGCGGGCGGGGCAAACAACGGGUGACCAAGCAGAGCUUCCUGCAACCGACGGAGGGUCAAGGUCUCCACGGGUCGCGGGACGCCGAGAGCGAAGACCCCCUCAGCGGUCUGGAUCCCCUGUGGAGCCUCAACAAGUCCUAAUACAAGUCACGUCAAAAACUCAAUCACGCACCACCGUCAACGUCCACACGGUGGCGACUUUGUACAUAUUUUUAAGUUUCACUAAUGAUUUGAAAGGAAAUAAAAUGAGUUACACACAA